AUCGGGCACACGCAGUGGAGUAGCUUGCCACCCGUUCUCAUAUAAUUUGCUCUCUGGUUGUUGAAUGUGAGUAAGAACGAUGGAAAUCUAUGAUACAUUUUGUUUCGUUUUGCUCGUUUAUUACGCUUGCUGCAAUGAGAUCUACAGAUUUGACGCUGAUAUCAAUAACCUAGCUAUUGGAAAAAGUAAAGUUUACGUUGCAACCGAGAGCCACCUUUACCAGCUGAACCAUGAUUUGAAGUUGGAGAUAAAAAACGAAGUCUUUGCCAACAAUGCUAGUUGUACCGGUAGUACAUCAAACUGGAUCAAACUCUUGGUGGUAUAUGAAGACAACAACACAUUAAUUCAGUGUGGCACAAGAAAUAAUGGGGCUUGCGAAGUGAGACGUCUGAAUAAUAUUUCAGACAUCAUACUUUCAGAUGAGGUACCCGUUGUUCCUGUCUACUUUGGUUCAGCUGUAGGUUUCUUAUUCAAGGCUGAAACAAAAACAUAUUUGGCUGUUGGCGCGUUUAGAACAAAUCUUCCGCUGAAUUGUAGAGAUGAUGACCAACAGCUAAUAACUGUGAGGGACGUUGUUGGUUCAGACAUUUUUCUAGAACACCAAGCCCCUCAUAAACCCUUUAUUACAGUGCGGGAAAAGAAACACCGGUAUGUACACUUUGUGGACGGUUUUCAGUGGUUACAGAGGAUUUAUUUAUUUUUAAAUAUUAAUUAUACCUCUGAAAGAGCGAGAAUAAUUGUAAUGGAAACUAAAAAGGACAAAGUGGAUAUUUUUAACUCUUUUACUGCUGUGACUCUGUUGUGCUGCAACGAUAAAGCCCGGCCAGAGCUGCUUUCCUCUUCUUUAAUACAGCUGUCGGGAGACAGCGCGCUCUGGGCGGGGAUUUUCACAGCUGGAAAGUCGGGUGGACCUGAUACUACAGCGCUGGGUAUCGUUAACCUGUCGGAUGACCGACUUCAGAAAAGCGAGGCCAAGGAUGAUGAUGAUUACUUCUGCUUUUUAGACUGCAGCAGUGAGAUACCGCCCUCCUCAAGCAAUAAAACUAUUCCAAUUAAAGCAGCGCUGGUGCAUUCUAAGAUGACAUCGCUAGCAACAGUUGCUAUCCACAACUGGGUGGUGGUGUUCAUCGGGACUGGGGAUGGGCAGCUGCUAAAGGUUGUUAUGGACCAGAAUCAGAAAUUGAGUUGUCCAGAAAUCCUGUAUGAAUCCCCAGCAGAAAAGGCUGUGUUUUUUAAAAUGUUACUGGACCCUGUGGAUCAAGAGCACGUAUACAUGGCUUCUGGAAACGAGCUCACCAGAAUAAAAGUAGCAGACUGUAGGAAAUUGGACUCCUGGAAAACGUGUUGGUCGGCACAGGACCCCUUGUGUGGAUGGUGUGCUCAUGAGAACAGAUGCACCCUGGGGAAUGAAUGCUCAAGACCAGACUCGAUUUGGGUUACCAUAGCAGAGGGGUCUAUUCAAAACCCCAAACAAAUAUUUUCCUAUAGAUUGAUGGACAACUCUUCUGAAAAUAAACAGGAUAUUCAUUUGAUGGCACAAGUCUAUGUAAAUAACUCAAGAGACCAUCCCUCAACUUGUCAGCUAACAACAGCUGAAAAUGAACAUCUUUGUGAAAAACACAACACAACGUUUCCAAAUUGUUCCUGCAGUUUCCCAAAAGACAAACUUAGUGCUGAAGGCCUCAAAGUUAGUGUGACAUUUGCAAUUGGCACAUUUACGUUCUAUGAAACAAUGACUCUACAUAAUUGUUUUAAAAUUGGAAGCACCCCCACUAAAGUUCCUUGUUCAGAUUGUGUUUCAGCUGGCUGCUCCUGGUCUGUAAAAGACCAUACAUGCUCUUCAUCAUCCAAUCAGAGUGUGAGCCCUGGACAGAAUCCAUGUCCUACGCUAAUCAAGAUAAGCUUUGACAACUCCAGUAGAGAAAUUCUUGUACAAUCUGAAAAUACAGAGGCUUUAAAGAACAGCGACGUUGUAUGUAGAUUUGGUGAACAUAAAACCGUAAAACCAAAGCAGGAGAAUGGAACUUUCAGAUGCUCUGCAAACAAAUUGAAUUUUUUAGAAUCGAUUAUCCCUGUGGACAUUGCCUACGAUAAAGGUGGAAUUGUUGACAACCCCAACCAGCUCGCAAUUUUCAGCUGUUUCCUUAAUGCAUCUGGUUGCAGUCCGGAUAUACAAUUGGUGCCGGUUAUUGACUCCAUAGAGCCAAAUGAAGUGUCAACACUUGGAAAAAACAAUGUAAUCAUUAAAGGGAAAAACUUUUCCAGAAGAACAACACCAUUUAAAGUACUAGUAAAAGGAAAUUCUGACUGCAAACCACAAGAAGCACAGAUAUUGAGCUCAACAGAAACAGAAAUAAGGAUCUCCAUGCCAAAGGCAAACAAGGAUGUGAGGAACGUAUGUGUGGAGCUGGGUGACGGCAGAUGCUACGGAUCAGCUUUAGUAACAUAUCUCUCUUUACCGUCCUGUGAGAGCAUUUUCCCCAAGGUUUCAUGGGCCAGUGGGAACAGAAGAAUCACAAUUUUUGGAACAAAAUUGCAUUUAGUCGACUCUGUAAAGACUGGGAAGCAUUCUGCUGAUCCUUUAAAUACGAUGAACAGUUCCCAUAUUUCUUACAAUUCACCUCCAAAUGCUGGAAAGUCUACUGUUUCACUUGUGGUGGAUACAAAUGAGUUGGACUGUGGUCAUCUAAUUUACCACCCUGACCCAGAGUUUCUGGGUUUCUCAGCUACUUCUGUGGGAAAUGUCUUACAGAUAACCAUAAAGAAAAAGAGGGAUACAUUGAAUAUUACAGAGGAUGAAUUAACUGUUCUGGCCAAAUCUAACAAUGAAUCUUGUCCAUGUAAUGGUAUUUUUAUUAAAGAAAAUGAUGUGUCCGGUGAUACUUCAAUUGUCUGCACUAUAAUAAACUAUGAAGCUUGUAAACUGACCACAUCCAAACUGACACUGGAGAUCAAGCUGGGAAACUUUUCUACUGUUUUAGAACAGCCAUUUAAUUAUUUGUGGCUCUUAACUGUCGUCCCAUUUGUCAUACUUUUAAUAGUUGUAGUCUCUAUCUACAUAAAUCAACGCAAUAAAAGAGUAAUGUCAAAGAAUUUAAGUGAACAGCUGGAGCUUCUGGAGAGCGACAUCAGGAAUGAGAUACGUGAAGGCUUUGCUGAAUUACAAACGGAUCAGACUGAUUUAAUAGAAGGCUCUGGAACAAUCCCUUACUUGGACUAUAAGCAUUUUGCUAUGAGCACAUUUUUUCCUGAGGUUGGGUAUAAAUCCAGCCAUUUUGUUAAUGAAGUUGGUCAUUCUUUUCAAGAUUCACAAGAAGUCAAGCAAGAUGACUGCUCCAAAGCCUUGUCUGAUCUUAUAUUAAACAAGCAGUUUCUUGUCACCUUGGUACGUGCAAUGGAAGAGCAAAAACAAUUCACCAUCAAAGACAGGUGCACCUUUGCCUCCUAUUUGACCAUUGCUCUGCAAAGUAACCUUGUAUACCUAACCAGUGUGAUGGAAGAAUUACUUAAGAACUUAAUGGACCAGUCCAGUAACGCACAACCAAAACUGAUGCUGAGACGUACUGAAUCAGUUGUUGAAAAACUGUUGACAAACUGGAUGUCCGUGUGCUUGUAUGGUUUUCUUAGGGAGUCAGUGGGAGAACCUUUGUUCUUGCUGGUGUCAGCCAUAACACAGCGGAAUAACAAAGGUCCAGUAGAUGCUAUUCAUGAAAAAGCUCUUUACACCCUCAAUGAGGACUGGCUACUGUGGCAAGCUCGUGAUUUCAGUACUGUGAAACUAAAAGUUUCAUUACAAGGAAGUCCUGAAAGUGAGGGUGAGGCACACACUUCUCUCGAUGUCAAUGUUCUCGAUUGUGACACUAUUGGACAGGCCAACGAGAAGAUUCUUCAAAGCUUUAAAAGCAAAUUUGGCCAUUGCUAUCAGUUUCAGAUAAAUGAUAUUGAUAUCGAAUUUGAAAAAGAUGGGAUUCAACAGAAACUUCAAGAAGUAGACAACAGUUCUAAAGUUCUGGAAAAUGGGGUAACAAUGCUGAACACUAUUGGGCAUUACAAGAUUCCUGAUGGAGCUUUCAUAAGGGUCACCAAGAAAAAACAGACGAAGAAUUUAUCUACUCAAGAAAGUAUAAAAGAUGAUGACAACUAUACAACCAAAUACUGCCAUUUGAUUGAAACAGAUUUACCAGAAGUUGAAGAUCAACAACAAAAUGGAAAGAAAAGAAAAAAGUUGAAACUGAAAGAAGUCUACCUCACUAAACUGUUGUCAACAAAGGUUGCUAUUCACUCUUUUGUUGAAAAACUCUUCCAGACGAUAUGGGGAAUAUCAAACAACAAAGUUCCAGUGGCUGUAAAGUACUUUUUUGAUUUCUUAGAUCUCCAGGCUAAAAAUAAAAUGAUCACUGACCCAGAUGUGUUGCACAUCUGGAAAACUAACAGCCUCCCCUUGCGUUUUUGGGUCAAUAUCCUGAAAAAUCCGCAGUUUGUUUUUGACAUGGAAAAGUCCCCCCACCUGGAUGCGUGCCUGUCAGUUAUAGCUCAGGCUUUCAUGGACUCAUUCUCCUUAUCAGACCAGCAGCUAGGGAAGUAUGCACCAACAAACAAACUGCUGUAUGCCAAAGACAUACCACAGUACAAGACAGAGGUCAAAGCCUACUACAAGCACAUACAAGAUCUCCCUGAAUUCAGCAAAAAAGACCUUAAUGACUUUCUGCUUGAAGAAUCAGAGAAGCAUAAAAAUGAAUUUAAUGAACAAGCAGCUAUGGCUGAAAUCUACAAAUUCAUUACAGCAUAUUUCGAUGUGGUCCUGAUCAAGCUGGAGCAAAAUGAGGCUUCAGGCAACCUGAAACAACAGUUACUGAAGGUCAAGGGCUUGUUCUGUGAAAAGAAAUCAUGCAAGUGGGAAUAAUCUUCAGGUGUGGGAUUUUUACUGCAAGAAUGAGAGAAAUACGUGAUUUAAAUAGAACAAAAUAAUGUUACUUUUUAUUUACAGCAAAACUUUAGCAUACUUUUAUAUUCUGAAACACAAAGCUAGGGCAGCACACAGUGCUAAAAAACUAACAUAGGGAACAGCCGGUUUCCAGGAGACCGCGUUAUUGAAAAACAUGUACCCCAUUUCCACAUUUAUUUCUUGAAGUGUUUAUUUAAGUUAAAUUUGACAGUUUUCACUUGUGUGCACAGCUUAGAAACAAACAAACAAAAAAAAACAACAACUCUAUAACGCUAUUUCUUUAUGAAAAUGGGUCAUUUGCCACUUUGUUUAUUGCAAAGAAACUACAAUGGCAGGGAUUUAAAAAAAAUAAAAACUGAUGUGUACUUUGGUACUGUUUCUGCCUGAAAUACACACAUGAAAAAUUGUAUAAUUUAAAGUUUUGACAUCCUCUGCUUUCUAGCUAAUUCAGUGGAGCAAAAUAAAUCCUUCACAACCUAUUCUGGAAUAUUGCAGUUUUGCGUAUAGUUUUAGGAUAAAUAGUAUUGGAAAUCGCUUUAAUUUUGCUAGAUUUAGCUGGGAAUUGUGCAGCAUGUGAUUGGAACAUGAAAGUGAAAGUAGUUUUUGUAGUCAUUUAAUUUAAAUACGUUAGCAAUGUACUUUAACUUAGGUAUUGUAUUAAGUUAUAUGAUUGAUUAACCUAUUACAGUUGACCUGGUGUCACAGCAUUUUUUAAAAUCUUGCAAAACACCAGAUUUUUGUCUCCAGUUUAUUAUAGAAACGCUUGGGAAGUUGAGAGGGGCUGCUGUAUUAUAGAAAUACAUGAAAAACUUAAGUGUAUAUGUCUAUAUUUUCUUUAUUUUUGAUAUGAUAAAUAAUGUACUUUUAGGAAAAAAUAGCAGUGCGGCCAAAAGUAAGUGUUCAGGCACAGGAAAUUAGCAGAAGAAACUGAGCCUGUCAAAAAAACCUGUUUGGCAAGUCAGAAAUGUACCUACAUGCCUCUCAAAGACACACAGUGGAUAUGCACUUAAGUUUAUUUUCCCUCUGUUUACUGUCAUGCUAUGUAUUUAAUUUAGAAACCUUUCAUUUACAUUUUAACAUAUUGGAGUUAGAACAUGUUAUACAACAUAAAUAAAGCGAUCACUAAUUGACGUGAUUUCAUUAGUUAACUUGAAUGUUUGCUGUGCAAUCAUUUUCAGAACAUUUUUUAGUUUUAAUAAAAUUAAAACGAAUAACAUUUUGUUUUAAUAGCAUAACAGUGAGGUUUGUAUAAUUAUUUGUUUGCAAGUUGUCGUUUGAAUAUUGUCAGAAAAAUAUCUGGAAAAAAUAUAUUUGCUUUCUAUUUUUUUUAUUAAAUGGCGAUCAGACAUUGUAUCAUUGUAAGUAGUUAUUUCUGACAUGUAUUAGUUGAUUGGUGCAAGUGUAGUGUUGCAACGUUCUGUUACUGUAUGUAAAGCAUGAUUCGAUAGCCAGCUUUUCAUGACCAUUUAAACAGUACAGUACCAGUACUCACAUCUGCGAGUACUGGUACUGUACUGAAAUGAAAAUUGACAUCUCCCCGUUACCCCCCCCCCCCCCCCCCCCGUCCUAUGUCCUGUCCCCUGUCCUAUGUCCUACCUGGUUAAAGUGUACUGCCACUGGGUAUCUGGCGUCAUUUCUAUUGAUUGCCAUAAUAUGUUCAGAAAUCCUAACUUUAAGGGCUCUGUACAUUAAGCCACAAGGGCAGAUUAUACAGUACACCACAUUUUUGCUUGCACAGAUGAUACGUCCUUUGAUUCGUAUGCAUCGAUUUUUGCUCGCAUGUGAAAAUUCGCUAAUGUUGUAUGUGUAUUUGCAUUUGGAGCAAUUCAGACAUUUGAAAUUACCACCUGAUUUAAUAAGUGUUUGAUAUCUACUACCAUCUGAAUGAACCAAAAAACUUUUAAGGUUUUUUUUCUCUUUUGUAUACAAAGGCUUGUUUUUAAAAAUGUUUGGUAUUGUGGAAUCACUUUCAAUACUAUUCCAAUGAUUGUUAAUAAAUCUUUGUAGUUUGUUAA